UUAAUCUACAUGUAACCUUGUUUUAGUUGUACCAAAAUGAAAUCCUUCGCAUUCGGACUGUUGAUGCUGGUGGCGUGCGCCGCUGCUUUGCCCCAAGCUCAAGACUUAACUGAUUUCGGAGCGGAGAGGAGGGAUAUUGCUGAGAUUGUCGUCAAUGCCUUCGAUAGAUUUAUUCAGAGAAUCCUCAACCGUGGCCUUGACCCCUACGUGCUCGACCGCGCUGAUGGCGAAUACGUUUUCUUCCUCCCCACUGUAUUCAGUGCGUCUGCUCGCAUCGAGAACCUGAGGUUCACUGGCCUCAGCAACAUCGUGAUCAACAGUAUCAGCUACUCUCCCAUCAGCAAUAAUUUGAACAUUGACAUUGCUAUGCCCGGUCUCAUGGCGUCUGUUGGUGGCGCUUCAUUCGAAGUAACCGCUCUUGGUCGUGAAAUCAGUGGAAGCUUGAGUGGAUUGUUGGCAAUCAACGGAAUCGGAGUCAGAGGCAGCGCUAAAGUAACCGUGGGUGACGGAGUAUCGGUUACCGACGUUGAUGUCGACGCUAGUUUGGACAGCAUCCAGUCUGCGCUCGCUGUCAGAAUCCUCGGCUUGGAUCUAUCAAUCCCAAUUCAAAACUGGCUGAACAACCUUCCCGCGAACCUUUCUCUCUACGACGAACUCAUCGACCGUGGCCUCGCGAGGAUCCUCGAAAUCCUGCUUAACCACUACUUAAAUAAGCCUUAAAAAGUAAACAUUGCUUGUUUAAAUAAAUAAAAUAUAUUUUUAAUACAACAAAACCUAAACUGAGCUGUAAUUAUUGUAUUGGAAGAAAAACUAAUAGCUUUAACAAGAAGGCGCUAGUGUCAUCUGUCACGUCAUUCUAGAUUAAAAAAAGAAUGUUAUACUUUUUUCAUAUUUUUUUUGCUAUAAAUAAUUGACGCGACUGGAGUCGUUGCUUUCGUGUUAUUCGUAUAUCUGUGGUACUUUUAGUGCUUUAUUCUUGAUUAUGAUGACAUCUGUAGUGAAGAAAUGACAGUUUUUCUCCCCAUUCAUGAUUAAUUUCUGACUAAACCUUCAAGUUCCAACUGCAAUUUUCUUAUGUUGUAAAAUUUCACCAAUAAAUUAAUUUCAACAAAAA